AUGGACAGCCGGGUGUCGAUACCUGCAUGGCUGGUAGUUCUCAUCCUGAUGGGAACUGGUGUGACUGGUCUAGAUUGCCCCUCUGAUUACACUCCAUACGGAGAUUGGUGCUUCAAGUGGUAUGGUGAAUUUACACCGUACAUCGAGGCCAGACAGGUCUGUGCAAACGACAGCGGGUUUUUGGCCAUGACGAAGGACAACGACGUGCACGAAUUCUUGGUGAAUAAUGUCGCAGAUCCAAAUUCACCAACAUACUGGAUCGGUCUGAGCGACCUGGCCACCGAGGGUGUGUGGUUGUGGGAGGAUGGAACUCCACAUGACAAAAAUGCUGACUACAACCGCUGGCUUCCAGGAGAACCUAACAACGAAGGCGAGGAAGACUGCACAUACAUCGAAGGGGGUAGUCGUGGAUGGAAUGACUGGAAAUGUCACAAUACACGUCCAUUCAUCUGUCAACUGCUCGGUAUGUCACGCCCCUGCGUCCCCAACCCUUGCCAGAAUGGUGGAGUGUGCACCGUUAGUGGAGAUUCCUACACCUGUUGCCCUUCUGAUUAUACUCCAUUUGAGGGUGCUUGCGCUAAGGCGUACGACGUCUCCAAAAGCUACUACGACGCCAGACAGGUGUGUGCAGACGACGGCGGGCUUAUGGCCAUGCCGAAGGACAACAUUGUACACUACGCUCUGUUGCCUCUGCUCGGCUCACUUGAACGUUCCCAUUACUGGAUCGGUUUGAGCGACAUGGAGACGGAGGGCGUGUGGAAGUGGGAGGAUGGGACUCUAUUGGACCUGAACAACAUGUACCAUCGCUUUUGGCCAGGCUACCCCAACGGAGGCGACAGCGAGGACUGCGCACACUAUCAUUAUGGUCCAUCUGCUGAUUGGACCGACGUGCCUUGCCCAUGGAAUCUAUACUUCAUCUGCCAACUGAGUCAAGGCAAAGACCUCUGUAACCCCAACCCUUGCCAAAAUGGUGGAGUGUGCACCGACGACAGUUACGUCUACACCUGUGAGUGUGCAGAUGGUUGGAACGGGCGGAACUGCGAAGGAAAUUGCCCUUUCGGAUACACCCCGCAUGGGGGCGGGUGCUACAAAGCGUACGACGAAACCAAAACUUACAGCGAGGCCAGACAGGUCUGUGCAGACGACGGCGGGACUUUGGCCAUGCCGAAAGACAGCGACGUGCACGAAUUCUUGGUGAGAAUGAGGAACCCAGUUGGAUGGAGGGCUUACUGGAUUGGUCUGAACGACCUGGCCACUGAGGGUGUGUGGAUGUGGGAGGAUGGAACUCCACAUGACACAACAGCUGACUACAACCGCUGGCGUUCGGGAGAACCCGGCGACCAGAACGGGAAUGGAGACUGCGCAAUAUACACCGACGAUAUAGCGGCUGAAUGGAGAGACAUCCUGUGCUCUGAUUCUACAAGGUUCUUCUGCCAAAUAACAAUGGAAACAGAUGUCGAUGAAUGUACAGAUGGCUCACACAACUGUCACCAGCAAGCAACUUGUACUAACACAAACGGUGGGUUCACCUGUGCCUGUAACAGCGGUUACAGCGGGAACGGAGUCAACUGUACCGAUGUCGAUGAAUGUGCAGAAGACUCAGACAACUGCCACCUGCAAGCAACCUGUACUAACACAGACGGUGGGUUCACCUGUGCCUGUAACAGCGGUUACAACGGGAACGGAGUCACCUGUACCGAUGCCGAUGAAUGUACAGAUGGCUCACACAACUGUCACCAGCAAGCAACCUGUACUAACACAGACGGUGGGUUCACCUGUGCCUGUAACAGCGGUUACAACGGGGACGGAGUCAACUGUACCGGUUUGUCUGACCUGACCUUCACCGAUGUGGAGAUGGACUACAUGAUCCUGUCCUGGACGGCGCCCGCCGGGGUGUCACGGUACCGACUUCGUUAUAGUCAUGCCGGGGCUUCGUACCAGGACCUGUCUCCCCCGCCAGCACCGAGCGACACCACGGCCACCGUACCUGGACUGUUGGCAGACACAGAGUACACCUUCACCCUGACUGCGUUUGGAGCUGACGGCGAGGAAAUAGGGGAGAUCAGCGGGACAGAGACAACAGAUGAGGUUAUCGUGAAUGUGGAGUGCUAUGAGGACUACAUGACCGUGACCUUCCCCAGAGGGCUGCUAGAAGCUUCAGGGGUCACUUUGGACUUGCACUUGUUGGAUGACAGCUGCCGUUCGACAGUUACCGACCAGUUUGUGACUCUUGUGGCCCCCCUUCAAUCCUGCGGGACGAUACAGGAUUCGUCAGAAGAUGACAAAUUCGUCUUCACUAACGAGGCCAUCGGCAGUCAGGAAACGGCUGAUAACGGCGCUGUGAGGGGAACGCCCUUCAGUAAGAGGUUCCAGUGUGAGUUCGUCCGUCAGUACGUGGUCUCACAGGGAAGGCAGAUCAUGUACAACAUUCCACUUCCUCGUGUGCAAGUCGUGGACGGAGAAACCAGUUUCACCUUCGAGAUGCACAUGUAUACAUCUAGUGACUUUACUGCUACAUAUGAGUCACCCGACUUCCCUUUGCAGGUGUCCUCAUCUGACCAUCUGAACUUCGGAUUGAGCGUGAAAUCCCCGCUGAACAACCUGCAGCUGUUCGCUCUCCACUGCCUGGCCACACCGACUACCGACCCUGCUGCCACCCCAAGCGUCAGCAUCAUUCAAGACGGGUGUGACAUCGACCCAACGCUUCAACUGGACAGUACACUGUCUAACGACAUGGCCUUAUACUACUCUAUCCAAUCAUUUACCUUCCCCAACGUUGACGAUCCUAGCCUGGUGUACAUCCACUGCACCAUGGUAGUCUGCUUCAAAGACGACACGAACUCACGGUGCAGCCAGGGCUGUGUCCUCCCAGCACGACGCAGGCGCGCCGUGUCUGACGAGAGCGAGGCCCGAGUGCGACGUGCGAGUGAAAAUGACCACCAGGCCGACAUCAUGCAGGGACCCUUCGCAGUUAAGGGGGGACAAAACCAAGGUAGAUCCUCCACCGUCCCCACUGUCGGCAUCGCUGUGGGGAUAGUUGCGGGGAUAGCCGGCGCCCUCCUGGUGGUAUUUGCCGUCUUGCUGGUGAGGAAGAGACGUGGUCGUGACGCCAAGGAGCAGGCUGAGGAUCGUGUCGGUUUUGACAACUAUUCGCUUGAGCUCUGGGGAAAGGACAAGGCUGCCAACGGCACCCCUAAACCUGAGUAG